AUGCGGAGAGCUGGAGAAGAUACUGCCACAGGUAGCGCGGAGGCCAAUGCUCCCGCCGGAAAAUGGCCGACAGUAAGGUUCACUGAUCCAACCAAAGCAGGGUACUUGGAGCGGCGCAAUGAUGUCAAGAUACUUAAAUGGCUGCACGAAACACCAACAACAACGGAGGAGCUGACAAAGGAGGUAAACGAGUCGAUAGAGUGGGCGAAGAAGGUACUACCUAACUUCACCCUCGAAAGGCCAACCACAUCGACAGCUGCCACCAAAAGACAGAGGUCUACUGAAGAGGUCAAACCGUCAGCGAAAAGACCGAAAAAUCGACGCAAAGCGCCUAAUAAAACGUUUGCAGAAGUGGCUCGCAAUCGCAUCAUCAUUGGCUUCCUGGAAGAGGGUGAUCCCGAAGGAAGAAUUCCCAGGGCCCAAUGGGUGCAGGCUGCUCUAACUAAUGUUACGCUAGAAGUGCUACUAAGCAAUCAAGGUCCGCGACCAUCAUGUACUGACUGGUAUCAAGUCCAAAUUAAAAUUAUAGCGUGCGACGACGAAAGACUGAAGGUCGACAAUAAUGGCGGCGCUUGGUGUCCAAAACAUAUGGUUUCGCGUGGCCUCAAGGAGUAUCUGCAAGUGGAUUUGUUGCAAGUUCAUGUUAUCACGGCCAUACGCACACAAGGACGCUUUGGCAAGGGUCAGGGUCAAGAGUAUACGGAGGCCUAUGUGCUGGAGUAUUGGCGUCCGGGUUUCGAGAAGUGGCUACGCUGGAAGACCAUUCAAGGCAAAGAGAUACUCCCCGGCAAUAUUAAUACUUACAGUGAAGUGGAGAAUGUCUUACAGCCGGUCAUUUUCGCCUCAAAAGUGCGAAUCUAUCCAUAUAGUCAAUACGAUCGGACUGUCUGCUUGAGAGCCGAGGUAGUCGGCUGCCUUUGGGAAGAUGGCAUCGUUUCGUAUAGCAUACCCAAAGGCGUUCAACGUGGCAUGGAAAUUGAUUUAUCAGAUAAAACAUAUGAUGGCCACGAAGAAGGCGAUCGUUACAUCGAUGGACUGGGACAACUAGUUGACGGCCAAAAGGGCAAGGACAACUUUCGUACGGAUAUACAUGGAUUUGGAAAAGGCUUUGAAUGGAUUGGCUGGCGCAAUGACACCCCAAACCUACUGGGGCAUCCAGUGGAGAUUACUUUUGAGUUCGAAGGUAUACGAAAUUUCAGUGCUGUCAUAUUGCAUACGAACAAUAUGUUCUCCAAGGACGUGCAGGUUUUCGUGCACGCAAAGGUCUUCUUCAGCAUUGGAGGACGUCAGUAUGCCGGUGAACCGGUGCAAUUCUCGUAUAUGCCCGACACGGUGCUAGAUCAUGCCCGGGAUGUGACAAUCAAAUUACAUCAUCGCCUCGGCAAAUACUUACAAAUUCAUUUGUAUUUUGCGGCGCGUUGGAUAAUGCUGAGCGAAAUCACCUUCAUAUCAACUUCAGUUGUUGGCAAUUUCACCGACGAAGAUUUCGCUGGUGGCGCCAUCGCCGUGGGUGCAACACCACAAGAGAAUGCCGAGUAUCCAUUGCAGCGCGAUGAAGUAGAGCGCGUCAUUAAUGGAAAAUUUGGUGAACGCAGUCAGCCACAAACGCCACUGGUAAUUUCGCCCAAACCCAUAGACCAUCCAGAGCCAGAAAGCAGUUUGAUUGGCUUCAUAUUCGCUAUAUUGGUGGCCAUCAUUUUGGUGCUGGUCAUCGUCAUACUCUUAAUUGUCAUACGAAAUAAACGUGGCCGCGGUGGCAAUGUGCUCGAUGCAUUCCAGCACAACUUCAAUCCGGAUACGCUUGGCGGCGCUGAUAAACGGCUCAACUGCAAUGGCAUGAAGGCCGUCACUAUGGACAAUGACUCAGAGUCGAUAGACAAGAGUAGCCUCUACCAUGAGCCAUUCAAUGUGAACAUGUACACGAGUGCAGCGAGCGGUUGCUCCAUGAAUGACAUGCAACGGCAACAUGUCACACCGGACUACACAGAUGUCCCCGAUAUUGUUUGUCAGGAGUAUGCAGUGCCGCAUAUGCAAGAUCUACUACCUAGCGCACAAAAGUCCAACUCCAUAUAUGGCGCAAGUGGUGGUGGUGGUGGUGGCAGCAGCAGCAACUACAGCACCAGCGCCCGUAACACCCUCAACAGCAUGUUUCAAUCGAAAUUAUCGACUGCUAGCCAAAAGUUGCAGCAGCUACAACAUCAGCAUCCAUAUCAGUCAAACUCAACACCACCACCACCACCACCACCGGCUCCGAAUUCUGCAACAAUAGCCACACACUGCCCACCACCAAUACCGCCCCUACCGCCAUUAUUGGGCACCACCAGUAACGAGAAAUUCUAUGCAACCACAGCGAUUUGCAAAGCAAAUGCACCGCUUGUUGUUGGCAGUGGUGUCGUUGGUGGCGGUGCCAGUGCAGGCGCUUGCAAUACACUGCCAAACGGUAGCAUUGGUGGUGGUAGUGGCAGUCUAGCCUCGACCACAGCCAGUCUUGCAUCAAGUUCUACAACGCCUACGGGUGGCUAUGGUUAUUCGAGCUCAGCCGCUACUUUAGCUGCCAUCAAACCGCAUCAUUAUAAUUUGGACAUGAGCGGCACUGGCGCCAGCAGUGGUGGCGCUGAUGUCAAUGAGGAGCAGGCCAAUUUUCAAGUACAGGAGUUUCCGCGACAAUCAUUGGUGAUAGUCGAGAAAUUGGGUUGUGGUGUUUUUGGUGAGCUACACUUGUGCGAGACGAAGGGAAUGAGCGCCAAUUUGGUAGCUGUAGCGACUCUACGACCCGGUGCUCCCGAUCACAUGCGCAAAGAGUUUCGCAGCAAGGCGAAACAGCUGGCUCGCGUCAGCGAUCCGAAUGUGGCGCAUUUACUUGGCGCCUGCCUGCGCGAUGAGCCCAUCUGUAUGGUGUUCGAUUAUUCGGAAUGUUUGGGUGACUUAAAUCAAUUCCUGCAGGAGCAUGUGGCUGAAACGACGCAUAGUUUGCAAGCGGGUAUUAUGACGAAUAAGAGCUUGAGUUACGGCUGCCUGGUGUAUAUAGCCACACAAAUUGCAUCGGGCAUGAAACAUUUGGAGCAGAUGAAUUUCGUGCAUCGCGAUCUGGCAACAAGGUAAGUGGCAACAGUAAACAUAUACAUUUCUCGGCCAUAUACUUGUAUAUAUGUAUGUAACUGUAUAUUGACAUUAGAUGUACAUCUCCCCCCAACUUGUCUGUAAAAUUUUGUACUCACUCAAUUCUCUUCCUCCGAACCGAAGCAAAUGAAGCU